AUGGUACGCGACGAAACGAGAGACGUCCUCCUCCGCGAUGGCAAGAGGCGAUCGCUUGAGAGCAACGGCCCUGACUCCGAUUCUGAUCUCGAAGCUACCGAGUACCUUCGCCACGAUCCCUACGAAACAUCGCAACAAUCGCAAACCGAACCUUCCGUUAACAAACCUAAGUCGCGAUGGUGUGCGUGCGUUUUCCGUACAUUUGGAAGGAGAAGUCGGUGUUGCAUCGGAACUCUUGCUGCCAUCUUUGUGCUUUGGAUCGUCCUGAGCGCUGGUGGCUUCUUUGUCUAUAAGAAAUACGGCGCUGAACCACCAUACGGUCAGAGUCCUCCCUGGUACCCGACACCGAAAGGCGGCAUUGCCAAGUCGUGGGCUGCCAGCUACGCCAAGGCAGCCAAAUUAGUGAGCAGGAUGACUCUUACCGAAAAGGUCAACAUCACGACCGGGACGGGGUGGCAGAUGGGCCUGGCCGUGGGCACAACUGGUCCCGCUGUCUACGUCGGCUUUCCACAACUGCAGCUCCAGGACGGACCCUUGGGUGUCCGGUUCGCUGACAACAUCACGGCUUUCCCUGCCGGCAUCACCGUGGGUGCUACAUGGAAUCGUCAGCUCAUGUACGCACGAGGCAAGGCACAUGCUAUUGAGGCCAGGCGGAAGGGGAUCAACGUGAUCUUGGGGCCAUGCGUCGGGCCAUUGGGCCGCAUGCCUGCCGGCGGCAGGAAUUGGGAGGGUUUCGGAGCUGAUCCGUAUCUGCAAGGCGUCGCCGGCGCCGAGACCAUCCGCGGCAUCCAGAGCGAAGGCGUCAUGGCCACAAUCAAGCAUUUUGUUGGCAAUGAACAAGAGCACUUCCGUCAACCAUGGGAAUGGGGGACACCCCAUGCCAUCAGCGCCAAUAUUGACGAUCGCACAUUGCAUGAGCUGUAUGCUUGGCCGUUUGGAGAUGCUGUUAAGGCAGGUGUGGCUGCUGUCAUGUGCUCGUACAACAUGGUCAACAACUCGUAUGCCUGUGCGAACAGCAAGCUUCUCAACGGUAUUCUGAAGGACGAACUUGGUUUCCAGGGGUUUGUUAUGAGCGACUGGCUUGCUCAGCACGCCGGUGUCGCCACUGCACUGGCAGGAUUGGACAUGACGAUGCCUGGGGAUGGCUUGUCUUGGGCUGACGGUGAAUCCCUCUGGGGACCACAGUUAACAAAGGCUGUGCUGAAUGGCAGUGUUCCUGUCGAGCGGCUCAACGACAUGGUUACACGUAUUGUAGCCGCUUGGUAUCAACUUGGUCAGGAUGACGAAACUAAAUUCCCACGUCGCCCUCCCAACUUUUCCUCUUGGACAAAUGAUCGCAUGGGCAUCAUAGCACCCGGCAGCCCAAGUCCCCAAGAAAUGGUGGUUGUGAACCAUUUUAUAAACGUACAAGCCAACCAUUCUAUCAUUGCCCGGGAGAUCGCCGCCGAAGGAAUUGUCUUGCUCAAAAAUGAAGGCCUAUUGCCCCUGAGCCGUUCUGGUUUGGACGACUCCAAGCUGAAGAUAAGACGCAAAGUUGUCGAAAGAGCUACAGGCAAGAGACAUACUGGAAAGUUCAAGAUCGGCAUCUUUGGCGAAGAUGCUGGGCCUGGAAAAGGGCCAAACUACUGCAAAGACCGCGCAUGCAACCAAGGAACUCUUGGGUCCGGAUGGGGCUCUGGGGCUGUGGAGUUUCCUUAUCUCAUCACUCCCAUAGAGGCUCUUCGCCGCGAGUUCAACGCCUCAAAGGUCGAACUCUACGAGUACUUGACAAACAAGCCUGCCUUUGGGAGUGAGAAGGCUGUCUUAGACGAACUGGAGCUUUGCAUUGUUUUCGCCAACGCUGACUCGGGCGAGGGCUUCGUGUCCGAUGGCGAUGUGCGCGGAGAUCGACCUAACUUGAACCUGCAGAAAGGCGGGGAUAAUCUCAUUAUCAAUGUCGCAUCACACUGCGGUUCUGGAGUAGGCAAUGUCAUCGUCGUCAUUCAUUCGGUCGGGCCUGUCGUAAUGGAGAAGUGGAUUGAGCUACCCAACGUCAAGGCUGUGCUCUUUGCUAACCUGCCUGGCCAAGAGUCUGGUAACGCACUGGCUGAUGUUCUCUUUGGUGACACUAACCCAUCAGGUCAUCUUCCUUUCACCAUCGGUAAAUCACUCGACGAUUAUGGCCCAGGUGGCAAAAUUAUGUAUCUGCCCAACGGUAUUGUGCCUCAGCAAGAUUUUUCUGAGGGCUUGUACAUCGAUUAUCGCUAUUUUGACAAGCACAAGAUCGAGCCACGCUUCGAAUUUGGCUUCGGUCUCAGCUACACGACGUUCGCGUUAAACAACCUGCAAGUUAAGCCUCGGAGGACAAAGUCUGCCCUCCCGGCUCCACGGCCGGCUCCUGCAGCCCAGCCCCCGUCAUAUCCUACCGAGAUUCCAUCAAAGAGCGAGGCGCUGUUCCCUCCCGGCUUGCGACGGCUAGAGAAGUACAUCUACCCCUAUCUGGAAUAUGUGGAUGACAUCAAACUUGGGCCUUACCCCUACCCUGACGGUUACGACCAAGUCCAGCGGCUGAGUGAUGCUGGCGGAGAUGAAGGGGGCAAUCCAGAUUUGUGGAAUGUAUAUGUAGACGUUGUUGUUGACGUAACGAAUACCGGGUCACUUGCCGGUGCCGUGGUGCCCCAGCUCUACCUCGAGUAUCCUCCCAAAGACGGGAUUGACUUCCCCGUCCGGGUUCUCAGAGGCUUUGACAAGGUGUAUCUCGAGCCAGGACAGACACAAACAGUAAUGUUUAGCUUGACCCGUCGAGAUCUCAGCUAUUGGGAUGUGAUGCGGCAGAACUGGGUCAUGCUGACUGAAGGGGAGUAUACGUUUCGGGUCGGCUUCAGCUCCAGAAAUCUUCUUGUGUGGGGCACGUGCAUCUUCCUCGUCAUGACGCCUAGCAAGAUAAAACUGGACAUCUGCCGACCUGCACGGGCAGUCGUUGUAGGGGCGGGAAUUUCAGGGCUUUCGGCAGCUAUUGCGCUCCGUCGGGCGGGCUGGCACGUUCAGGUUCUCGAAAAGUCCCAGUUCAAGAACGAGAUUGGAGCUGCGAUCACUAUCACCCCAAACGCCACGCUGGUACUUGACCGUUGGGGGUUUGACAUGGAAAAGGCCAAAGCAGUGCCCAAUCAGCAGAAAUUAAUGUUCAUGGCUGGCUCAACAACUGUCUUGCAGCAUGAGGAAUACGAAGAUCUACCCAGGACGUUUGGCCAUGGCGUCUGGUCCUUGCACCGUGUAGAUCUCCAUCGUGGGUUGAGAGAGCUUGCUACUUGUGCAGCCUCGGAUUUCGGGAGAGGGAGCAAGGAGCAAACACAGAUUAUGAGGGGACCGCCAGUAGAUAUCCAGCUUGGCACACAGGCAGUAGGAUUGGACUGUGAGAGAGGUGCUGUCAAGCUUAUUGAUGGCCGUACCGUCCAGGCGGAUCUCGUUAUUGUUGCCGAUGGAGCCCAUAGCCGCCUGAUCGCAGACUUUACGGGACAGCCAUCCACUUUGAAGUGUACCGGCCGAUCCGUUUAUCGCUGGCUCAUCUCCAUGAAGGAUAUAAUGGCAGACCCGAUCCUCAACUCGUUGUACACGAGCAACCGACCCGGGUUCAUAUCUUGGCUUGAUACGCACAAUGAUAUCUUUUGGGUAACCUACCAGUGCCGUAGAGGCGAGGUGCUGAAUGUCGCCGUCGUCCAUCCAACUCAACCAGGAGAGGGAGACGAGGAUCACUGGCACUGCCCGGUGUCUCAAAACCAAGUGCUUUCGACUCUUGCCAACUUCCAUCCGUCUUUGCAGCAGAUGGUUAAGAUGGCGAACGAGGAUGGUAUUAAGGUUCAUCGAUUAUACAAGCGGGAUGUACUUACAAGCUUUGUCCGUGGAAAGACUGCCAUCAUUGGAGAUGCAGCACACCUCAUGAUGCCCACCCAUGCAGCUGGGGCUGGCACUGCCAUCGAGUCUGCAGCGGCCCUCGAAAUCUUGUUUCGAGGAGUCUACGCUGGUGACGAAGCUACAGUUGGGAGUCGUUUACGGUUGUUCGACAAACUGCGAGUUCCCCGGUGUAACCUCAUUAUGUUGCUGUCCAAUGCGGGCCCGGCCGGGCUUCGAGUUCCAGGGGUAGAGGAGGAGGUACGCAAGUUUUACUCCGGCCCAUUGCCUGACCGAAUGGAGAAGCCAUACAGUAGACCCUUCAUGGAGCUGCUGUUCAAACAUGACGAGUUUCUGGCUGCAGAACAACUGCUGGCGGAGGACCAACAGAAGAAGGACGGCAAAGACAAACACUGA